AUGGAGAAACAAAAGCUCACCUCUACAUAUCGGCCUUCAACAUGUCCCUGGAGAACCGUCCUUUGGAUGGCAGCAGCCGUGGGGGUGAUAAGUCUAAUGAGGUUCCAUGGUUUCCCUUCCUCAGUGUAUCUCUGGGUCUUCCCGAACUACGAUGUCCAAGUUCAGAACUCACCCUAUGGAUCGUUCCCACAAGAGAACGACCCGUUCAAUUUUCUCCCCUGUACAGAUGCCAGUCGUCCGCCGCCACUUGACGAUCCAACCCCUCAGCAAUCAUGGGCUGCUCUCUUCGACCCUAACCCCAACCACUGGAGCUGGGGUAUUACGGGCCGGGGCAUUUACCUGUGUGGAUAUUUAGAUCUCCCACGCGAUUAUCACAACAAUUCCGACGCUCGUAUCGUCCGCAUUGCGGUGACAAAGUUCCAGGUUGCCGGUCUGGCUCCCAGGAACGAUCCCAAUGUUUCAUCCAACAGCUACGGGAGUGAGCGCACCAUCAUUAUAGAACCAGGAGGCCCCGGAGGAAGUGGAACAUCUUUCCUUUGGGAGACUGCGGAGGAGAUGACUGACCGGUUCAGCGACGGGAAACUCGACGUGCUGGGAUGGGACCCGCGCGGUGUGAAUUUCUCCCUCCCCUCCGCGGCAUGUUUCCCUCAAAAUGGGUUCCGGGAUCGAUGGUCACUUCUGGCGCUUCGAUAUCGGGAAGAGGCUCCAAAGGGCCAACUGGACAUUGUGGAUGCCAUGAAUAACGCUACCUUCUUUGCCUGCCAGCAACAGCUAGGGGAUUUUGGUCGCCUCGUCAGCACGGCGACGGUGGCACGCGAUCUGGACGAGAUCCGAAAAGCACUUCGUGAAGAGGAAGUCACAGGGUACUUCGUCAGCUAUGGCACAGGAAUUGCUCAGACAUAUGUCAACAUGUUUCCUAACCGAGCGGGUCGCAUGAUCCUUGAUGGUACGGAAUAUGUCAAGGACCACCGCCUCUUAGGCGGCUUUGGCUGGACCUCUCUCGACAAUGCGACAGAUGCUUGGCGCGACGGGUUUUUAGGCGAAUGUAUCAGCGCUGGCCCGGAGUGGUGUGCAUUGGCAAAUCCUAUUUCCAACCAGGACGGCCCCGUAACCCUCGCACAGCUGGAAGUGCGCAUGUCCGGACUACUCGAGUCGCUCAAAAAUCGCCCACAAUCCGCGUACACGAAAUCCGGAGGCCCAUCACUGAUCACUCACUCAGCGCUCGUGGAGAGGGUUAUCUAUCCGGCUAUGUAUAGACCGAUGAACUGGCCGAGUACCGCGCAAAUGCUCUAUGAGCUCGAAGCAGGAAAUGCUACACUAGCAGCCAACCUCUUAGACCUCACGUGGAGUGACCAUUCCGAGAAGCCAUCGUAUCCAUUUGUCCCAUCUUCUAGUGAACUCGAGCUUCUCGUGAUCUGUUCUGAUUCAUAUGAUGCGCCCCUUCCAGACGGACUCGAUUGGUGGGAUCACUUGUGGGAGAAUAUGACUGCCCAGAGCUGGAUGGCGGGUAACUCUCGCUUCUUCGCAGUUUUACCUUGCCGAUAUUACAAUACUUAUUGGCCCGUCCCUCCAGAGGUGUAUCGCGGGGAUCUCAACCAUACUCUCAAAACCCCCGUCCUUCUCGUCGCCUCCCCGUAUGAUCCCGCAACCCCUUUACGCAAUGGAAGAAGACUUCUUGAAGAGAUGGGCCAAAAUGCCCGGCUAAUUGUUCACCAUGCCUAUGGGCAUAGUUCCAGACGUGACAGGUCGGAUUGCACGAAUCGAGUCGCAAAGGCUUACAUUCUACAUGGAAUUCUUCCUACAAGUCAAGAAUUCCAGUGUUAUGCCAAUAGCAAGCCUUACGUUCAUCACGCCGUAAUUGACUAA